GAAAAGAGAUCCGGAACGUCGAUGAGGAUGGCUGAGCCCGGACUUCAAAACGGAAGCCCAGGCUCAAAGGUCCCGGCGAGACCACUGGGCAUCGGCCGUGGUAGCCGUCCCUCGCCCAGCCUCGCGAAACCCACAGCAGCAUCGACGCUCCAGGGCCUCCAGAGGAACGUGGCAUAUGAACUCCACGAAAAUCACGAAUUCUUGCGAGACGUGACCAAGAAGUUCUUGAGCGAGAAGAGGAUCCCGUAUCUGGAGGAUGUCAGUUCCGAGUUCACGAAGCUGACGGGAUCCCCUCUGUUAGAAGUCGCACUCGCUUUGGGCUAUAGCACAGAAUCGGAAAUUUUCAAAGCGAUCGACCUGGACUUGCCCUUACGAAACGAAGGUCAUCGACAGGGUUAUUAUGAUUUCUCUGAUUACGCGGCGCAAAAAGCAAGAGCCAAAAUGCCUCUCGGAUGCCAUCCUGAAGUUUCGAAGCCCCCAUCCUAA